GAGAGCCGGCCGGGGACCAGAAAACUUCAAAAGAGCAGUACAAAGUUAAAGGUAGCAGCUCGUAGAACAGUCUGCAACAGAGAGGAAAAUAGGAAAAGCAAAAGAAUACUCUGCUUGCCCACCCCCACCACCUUACUUACAAGUUACAAUCAAGCACAACAUCACAGAGCAGCUUCACUCACUCUCUGGCUCUAGCUAGCUAGCUGUUUCAGACUAAAUAUCUCUGCUCACUUUUUGGUGCUCAUGCUUCUGCUCAGCCUUUCAGAUAUCUCCAGCGCUCGGUGAGUGAGUUUCUCGGUGUGCCUGCGGCUGAGAAAAUGAGUAAAGAAGCCAACAAGUUCCUAAAGAUCCAGGCUUGUGUUCUGAAGGUGAAUAAUAUCUGCUGCGAUGGCUGCCAGAAAAAAGUAAGAAGAGUGCUUCUCAGAACUGAGGGGGUGUACGAAGUGACAAUAGAUGGAGAGAAGAGGAAGGUUACAGUCACAGGGACUGCGGAUCCGGCCACCCUCAUCAGAAAGCUUAACAAGGCUGGCAAACACGCUGAGCUUUGGCAUGCAAAGGGAGGAGGCCAGCAGAAACUUACCGAUAUGCUUCAGGAGCACAAGCUUGACCAUGCCAAAGGACAGCAAAAGGGCGGCGGCGGCGGCGGCGGCGGCAAGGAGAAGAAGUCACAGAAGCAGACUCAGGAGAUGGGGAAAGGGUUUAAAGAUCUGAAAUUUCCCGACCUCAAGCUGCCUUUCAAGAAAGAUGACAACAGGAAGGUCAAGUUCAAUCUGCCUUCCCAGGAAGAGGUGGAUGAUGGGAGCGACUACGACAGCGACGACGAUGAUGACUGGGAGGAGUUUGACGACGAGGACUUAGACGACAUGCAUGAUGAGUUUGGCGGCGAUGGCAUGCUUGGUGGCCCUAAGACGAUGAACCCCAACCUGAAGAACUUUAACCAGUUUAAUGGGAAAGAGAACAAGGCAGCAAGUCAUAAGAAAGGUGGUGGUGGUAAGGGAGUCAAUCUAGUUCAAGUGAUCAAUAAGGCCAUGGGAAGCAAAAAUGGUGGUGACGGAAAGCAAAAUCAAGCCAGUGGUGGCGGUAAAAAGGGCCAUGGAACUCAUGAGAGUAAGAAUGGAGGAGGAAGCAACAAGAACGCCAAAGGUGGAAAUCAGGGUAACCAUGGCCACCCUUCGUCCCAUGGAGCUAACAAACAUGUUGAUGGGAGCAACACUAACGGUUUUCCGGCAGGCGCCAUGCCGCCGGGCUACUUCCAGCCCGGAACGAUGCCGCCGGAGAUGAUGAUGGCAGGUGGAAACCCCUACCAACAGCAGCAAUACUUGCAAGCACUAAUGCAGCAGCAGCAGCAGCAACAGAGGAUGAUGAUGAUGGGUGGGGCAGAACGGCCGGCUUUCUCACCAGCACAGCUGGGCUACGGCUAUGGCCGGCCGGUCUACGUGCCGCAGAUGCAGCCGUACCCCCAGGAGGUGCCAUACAACAUGUUCAGCGAUGAGAAUCCUAACAGCUGCUCAGUCAUGUGAAGGAAGCAAAAGUGAGCUUGGUGUGUACAUGCAGCUGCCUCUGUUAUCUUCAUCAGUUCUUGUUGUUCUCUUUUUGUUGGAUUUGGGUUUACUUCCUUAGAUCUACAUCAGGUUGAUGCCUUUCUGCAGCUGUGAGCAGUAUACAGAGAGUUCUCAAUUCACCUUGUGGUUCUAAGAUAGUUCAGAACAAUACAUAUUCAUUACUGCUAUAAGUUUGGAAGACUGUGUAAUAGUCGAAAUCUAAGUUUUUACCACUGUCUGAUCA